AUGUUCGAGCCAGCGUUACCGCCACCGCCUCCAUCGCAACAAUACUAUCCCGGUCCCUCGAUGGGUGGACAACAACAACAUCCGAUGUCAUCUCCUCAUCCCGUCCAGCCGACGCCGAGGGACAUCCUUCGCUACCGCUACCAACAUGGCUGCAACCUCGGCAGUAUUUUCAUCCUUGAACAAUGGCUCUUUGGGGGAAUGUACGACGAGGGCGUUGGAGGGAGCAGCGAGUUGGACGCCGUCAAUGCGUCUAUCAAGGCCCGCGGCCUCGACGCCACCCGCCAGAAGUGGGAGGCGCACUGGAACGCCGCACUCACCGACGCAGACUUCGACUGGCUUGUCAACUCCGCUCAUUGCAAUUCCAUCCGUCUGCCAGUUGGCUAUUUCACCCUCGGGCCCGCCUUUUGUGCCCACACGGCCUUUCAUGGCCCACCAUCCGAAGUAUAUGUCAACGCUUGGUCGGUUGUUAAACGUCUGAUUUCCCGUUGCUUUGAGCACGGCAUUGGUGUCCUCGUCGACCUGCACGGUGUGCCGGGUGGUGCCAACCAUGAGACUCAUUCCGGUACGAGCAGUGGUAAGGCUGAACUGUGGGGCAACGGAUUCUUCCUGGACCUUGCCACUCGUUGCCUUCUCUUCAUCGCCGAUGAGACUGCUCGAGACCCGCAACUGGCCGGCGUUAUUGGGGUCCAACUUUGUAAUGAAGCCAUCAUCGAUCCGCCUGGUAUGUAUGAAUGGUAUAACGACAUGAUUCAGCGGAUAUCGGCAAUUGAUGCCUCACUACCGGUAUAUAUAAGCGAUGGGUGGGACCUGGGGCGCGCAGCCGCCUUCACUCGAGCGUACAACAACCCCAGUUUCCCACCGAAAUGCCCAGUCAUCGUGGACACACACAAGUAUUGGACAUUUGAUGAGAAGGACACCUCCCGCUCGCCCUUUGAAAUCAUCGAACAGGUCAAGUCUGAGCUUCCAGAACUGAAUUCAAGCCUCGUUGGGGAUGUCUUCGCCCACCAAGCUGCCGUGGGGGUGUAUAUUGGCGAGUACAGCCUUGCGUUGGCCCCACAAACCUGGGGCAAAGCUCCCGCCGACCAGAAAGACGAUCUGAUGAAGCAGUUCGGACUUGCUCAGAGUCAGACAUGGCAGACCAAGGCUUGCGGAUCGGCGUUUUGGACAUUCAAGAUGGAAUGGAUGCCGGGCUGGGAAUGGGGAUUCAAGGCUUCGACCGACAAUGGCCAGAUUGCUCCACCCGGAAUAUUCAAGCUGACCGUUGGGAACAUCACCGACAAGCUGGCCCAAGCGGACGCAAGAAAAGGCCAGCUUCUCGAAGCAGCUCUGUAUGGACAUACCGCAUACCACAGUUCGGCAAAUCCAGGGGCCCACUUCGAGCAUUGGCGAUACGCAGAUGGCUGGAACCUGGGAUGGAGCGACGCUCGAACUUUCUUCGCAGCCAGGCUUGAUCGAUUUAUUCCUUCCGCCCUUCGAAGCAGUGUAAGCUCAGCUCCCACGGAUCCGAAUGCAAAAGUCGGCGCCGACUUUAUUGGUGCCUUGGAUCUGUGGAUCCUCAAACGUAUGCGUGAAGCCGGAGUCGCAGAUGCUCAAAGGUGUCCUUUCGGCUGGGAAUUCGAGCAUGGCUUCCGCGCGGCUGUGAGAGACUUCGGGGCUCUCGUUCGUGAGUGA